GGGGCCUCGUGGGCGGAGCGAGGGCGGGGCCUGUCGGCGCCAAGAUGGCGCCUAAAGGGAAAGGCGGCGGCAAAGCCGGGAAGGGCGGCGACAGCGGCAGCAGCGAGGGCAAAGCGCAGGGCCCGAAGGGAGGCGGCAACGCCGUCAAGGUUCGGCACAUCCUGUGCGAGAAGCACGGCCGGGCCAUGGAGGCCAUGGAGAAGCUGAAGGCCGGGCAGCGCUUUAGCGAGGUGGCGGCGCAGUACAGCGAGGACAAGGCCAGGCAAGGGGGAGACCUGGGCUGGAUGAGCAGAGGCUCCAUGGUGGGACCGUUCCAGGAGGCAGCGUUUGCCCUGCCCGUGAGCAGCAUGGACAAGCCCGUGUACACUGACCCUCCCGUCAAGACCAAGUUUGGAUACCACAUUAUCAUGGUGGAAGGCAGAAAAUAAAAUGGGAAUGACCAUGG